UAUAUAAGGUAGGUUUCGUUAGUUUCUUCAAACAUCCGUUAUAAAAUAAAAGUGAUUUCGAUCUCCUUCCACGCACUAGAGUCAUGGCAAUGCAGCAGGCGAUUAGCAUCGGAAAAACCCGAGGAGGUCUGAGUUAUCGCUCCCUUUCUUGCGGGAAGUACAAAUCUCUCAACCAUGUCGACACAUUAGGAAAGAUUAAGGUUCUAGAGGCGAUCAACGUACCCUCGACACAAACGGAGGCAUUAACCGGCGCCAUAACCAGUGGCUUGGAGUCGGUGAUGGAGAAGGUGAAAGCCGACAUCACCAAAUCCCAGGAGUAUCAAUCACAAUCAGCUCGUGUUGCAGAAGAGGUUCGAAAACUGCAAGCCGAUAUUGAUAAGAUGCGAGCCGAUCGGAGGUGUGAUCAUGAUAUAAACAUACACAACAAAAUUGAGCAGGGUUUUAAUGAGUUGAAAGCUGAGUUCAAAGCAACAAAAAAUGAAGUCGUGAAGGUUGCUAUAUAUACAUUGGCUUCUGUGGCAGUAGCUGGGUCGGGCAUGUUUUGCUUGAUGUCAUAG